AUGGCUCUCAGACUCUCUAGGAUUCUCAUGGGUAGCCAAACUCUCUCUCUCUCUCUCUCUCUGUAUUCUCUUCGUGUUGUGUGUGCGGCUGCAAUCAUUGGGUUGUUGAUUUUGGUCAUUAUCAAAAGGGAAGGGCAGGCCAGAGGAACAGAGAAGAUAAAUCUGAUAGAUCCAUGGUUGAGAAAAUUUCUGUUCGAAGCUCCCCAAAGCCUGAACAUCGAUGCAAGGCGUGGGUUACCAACACUUGGGCUCCCACCAUAUCGUGUCUUUACAUUGGAAGAAAUUGAUGAUGCAACAAACAAUUUCGAUGCCACGAAUUUGAUGGGAGAAGGAUCUCAGGGACUGCAGAAGCAGUUGCCCCAAAACUUGGACCAGAGCAUGGAAGCCUUGCCAAAACUGAGGCAUAGGCAUUUGGUUAGCCUUCUUGGACACUGCACUGUCACUUAUCAGGACCAUCCAAUUGCAGCUAGAAAUGUAUUUAUUGUUCUUGAGAACAUCUCAAAUGGCUCUUUGGUGGACCAUCUCACUGGUAAAACUCAAACUAAAAGCAAUUAUCAGAUCACCAAGAAAAGGGUUAAUUAA